AUGAUGUCUCAGACUCUCCGGGCUUCGCGCUCCCUCUUCACCCGUGCCUCUCGGCAACAGGUCCCGGUCGCUCGCACCUUCCUGACCUCCGCUGUCCGCCGCGCCGACCCUGUUCAGGACCUCUACCUCCGUGAGCUCAAGGCCUACAAGCCCACCCCCAUCAAGGCUGGCGACGCCGAUGCCCACGUCCAGAAAUUCGCUCUCCCCCAGGCCCCCGCUUCCCCCGAGGAGGCUAACCUCGCCGGUGAGCUCUCCGCCUACGAGAGCCAGGUUGUUGAGGUUGAGGGCCAGGCCGCCGCCGGUGAGGCUGCCCCCGUUGAGGAGAGCUGGUUUGAGGAGGAUGAGGAGGAGACCCCUGCUGCCCACUAA